AUGGCAGCUGCAUAUUUGUUGUACGUCCUUGCGUCGGUUUUAUUUACAGACAACAAAGGUAACAGGGUUAGCGUAAACCUACUUCAGAUUUUGGAUCCCUUGGAAGAAGUGAAAACGUAUUAUUGGGGGACUGCCAUAGUAGCACAUUUGAAUGGUCAGAGUUCCCAGGCAUUACAGGUACGAACUUCUCAAAUUAAUGGGAAUUUGGCUCUACUCCAGGUGUGGAUUUGCGAUCAUUUCCCCUCAUUGUUCAAAGAUAAUGAAGAUGUGCAACUCAACCCAGAAUGGAGCAAUGCUAAUCCAAGAGGAACCCGAUACUUUUUCAUUGGGUCUCAGGAUAAGGAACAAAAUGACGUGUUGUUAGAAAUGUGCCAAAAAUUGGACAACAUCACAACAAAAGAGGCAAUCUUUGAUCCGUACAAGAAUGGUAGAGUUGGCGCAAUGGAAGAUGUCGUGUAUUACCAUGACCCUCUGUUUUACCCUUAUGGAUUUUCAAUGUAUAAUCCAAUGAGAAUCAUGCGUCAACUUGGGUUUAUUCAAGAUUCAUCCUAUGAUGGCUAUGUACCUCCAUUCAAGCACAGGUUAGACAAAUGCGAGGCUGACGUGUCAGACAUGAAUGUGGUUUACGAACCUGAACCUGAUACCAAGCAUUGGAAUACUAAACACUCUAGGCUAUCUAACACUAGAGAUGAUUCUACCAAACAUUAA